CUACGAAGUCUUUGUAAAUCUAAAAGUUGAAAGAUGGUUUCUCUGAGCAUCGUUGUCAGAUGUUUCAUAUACAACCUGAAGGUUUUGUAGUUUGCAACGGCACCAGCGCUACUUGCACAAGUGAUUUCAUUGGGCCAAUCUGUGUUUUUUUGUAGUAAAUGUGGAGAUUUUGAGUAGGAAAUGAGCCAAGAAUUGAGGGUUCUGGGAGGUUGACCGUGUUGUAGUGUUUAGAACUUACGAGAAUGUUGAGCUCCUCACAGGUCUAGCGAGGGAGUGUAUUAUGUAUCGCGGAAUUUAGUCCUUGAAUUUCAUGUGCAUGGACAAUUGCGCGGCUUGGUAAGUGAGUUUGCGAUCGAAAAGAGCGCAAGGAUUUCGAUAUUCUUCGUCGGAGAUGGCUAUGGCUUCAGCUCUGCCAAAUGCUGGGCCCGCUUCGUUGAUGAACCAGAACUCUGGGAGCCGUCGGCUUUCGAGUUCCAAGUCAACCAUACUAGGGCACUCAUUCUUGCUGAGACAUCUUCCCAGCAAGACACGCUCCAGGGGAAUCCAGUGUUUGAAGACAGAUCGCAAGCCGGAAAAUGAAAGGACCCUGCUGGACAAUGCGAGCAAUUUGCUGACAAAUCUGUUGAGCGGGGGAAACAUGGGAACCAUGCCCAUAGCUGAGGGUGCUGUGUCUGAUCUCUUCGGACGACCACUCUUCUUUGCUCUUUACGAUUGGUUUAUGCAACAUGGUCCAGUUUACAAGCUCGCUUUUGGACCAAAAGCAUUUGUGGUCGUCUCAGAUCCCAUUGUCGCUCGUCACAUCCUCCGUGAGAACACAUUUAGUUAUGACAAGGGUGUUCUAGCAGACAUUUUGGAGCCAAUCAUGGGAAAGGGACUUAUCCCUGCUGAUCUUGAGACAUGGAAAGUGCGAAGGCGAGCAAUUGUGCCUGGAUUCCAUGCGGCCUACUUGGAAGCUAUGGUUGAAGUCUUUGAUAAUUGUGCCGAGAGGACAGUAGAAAAAAUUGAAGGGCUGUUAGACGCUGUUCAAAAGGAAUGCAAAUCGCAGAUUGAAAUCGAGAUGGAAUCUGAGUAUUCUAAUCUUGCACUUGACAUCAUUGGGCUGAGCGUUUUCAACUAUGAUUUUGGAUCCGUGACGAGGGAGUCACCCGUGAUUGCUGCAGUGUACGGCACGCUUUCUGAGGCCGAGCAUCGGUCAACAUUCUAUAUUCCUUAUUGGAAAUUUCCGUUAUCGAGGUGGCUGGUUCCCAGACAACGAAAGUUCAACGAAGAUUUGAAGGUUAUUAACGACUGUCUCGAUGACCUUAUUAAGAGGGCGCAAUCAACUCGACAGGAAGAAGACGUUGAAUCAUUGCAACAAAGGGAUCUUUCAGCAGCCCAGGACUCCAGUCUGCUGAGAUUUCUCGUUGAUAUGAGAGGAGAAGAUGCUACUAACAAGCAGUUGAGGGACGACUUGAUGACCAUGCUCAUUGCUGGUCACGAGACCACAGCAGCUGUUCUUACAUGGGCAACCUUUCAUCUUGCUCAGAAUCCUGAUAUGGUUGCCAAGGCACAAGCUGAGAUUGACAGGGUACUUCAGGGACGAAGGCCAACCUUGAAGGAUAUCCAGAACCUAACGUAUAUAAAGCUGAUUGUGGCUGAAUCAUUGCGCUUGUUUCCUCAGCCGCCCUUGCUCAUUCGUCGCUCACUUCAACCCGACACUCUUCCAGGUGGCCACAAGGGUGAUCCAAAUGGAUAUUCCAUUCCGAAGGGAGUCGAUCUUUUCAUAUCUGUCUAUAAUCUUCAUAGGUCUCCCUACUUCUGGGACGAACCAGAGAAGUUCAAUCCAGAGAGGUUUUUGAAAGCGAAACUCAGUGAUGGCAUUGAAGGGUGGGCAGGUUUUGAUCCAAAACGUGGUCAGGGAGCGCUAUAUCCAAAUGAGGUGAUGGCUGAUUUCGCAUUUUUGCCAUUUGGCGGAGGCGCUCGAAAAUGUGUGGGCGACCAGUUUGCCUUGAUGGAAUCUACGGUGGCACUUGCGAUGCUGCUUCAGAAGUUCGAAGUUGAGCUUCGUGGGAGUCCCGAAGAUGUGGAAUUGGUGACUGGUGCCACCAUCCACACAAAAGAUGGGUUGUGGUGUAAGUUGAGCAGACGGAAAUCCAUCACUAAUUUGAACUGAACUGAGGAUGCACAAACUUGCGAACAUAUUUGAUUUAUCUAUCUACAAUCAUCAACCAGUUGGUGAAAAUGAAAAUCCUUUCAUCAAACAGCCAUCAACAAUCAAUCAUCAUUCGAUCGAGUGUAUUGUUUAGUGUACGCACUUGGACGAUCUUUUAUCCUGAGUUCUUGUAAUUGCAUUGUUGAUUCAUCAUUGAAUGUUUCUAUUUACCAAAUUUUAAACAAAUAAAACAGGUCUAGUUCAAUGCAA